AUGGCUCGCAGAGACGAUGAAACUUUCGUUUUCUCCGACCGCCUCAUCUCCCGAAUUCAACGCACGCACUUCCGGGUUCCGGUCCGCUCACAACAUUGGCAGCUUCGUUCCCUCAUCAGCGCUGAGAACAAUUACAACCUCUUUUACCCCGGCGGCGUUGGGAGCCGCCAAAUCCAACGGUUGAAUACCCAGGCUCGCAGCUGUGAAACUAUUAAGCAUCUUACGUUUGCACCGCGGUGCCUUGUGGGCGAGAAUGGAUGGCUGUGCUGUGGCAGCGAGACGGGCGAAUUUGUGGCCAUACGGCUUGACGAAGAGGACGGCCAAGCAUCAGAUACCUCCCAGAACGCUACUCUUGACUCGGCGUCUGGCGCCGGUCCCUCUCUGGCCGGUGAUGAGGCCACAACCUCGCCCGAGGAAGCUGCGCUCAACAUGCUCACAACUGCGGCUCAACAGGCGCAUAAAGUCACCGCAAAGAGCAUGAAGCUCGCCAAAGAGCGAGUCAAUUGUAUCACGCUGUGGUUUCCUCCUCCUAACGGCCAAGGGUUGCCCCUCAGCAGACAUGCCUACGAUGAGCCUGUAGCAGUUCUGGCGAACAACGACCGAACUGUGGCCAUUGUUAGUCUGAAUGAAUUCGAGGAACAUGAGGAUAUUGAGCCCCUAGAGAUUGUCCAAUACCCGGAUUUUGUUAAUAGGGCCAUCAUUUCGCCUGAUGGGCGCCUCCUGAUUGCAAUCUUGGACGACCCAUAUCUAUACAUUCACCGGCGAGUUGGAGUCUCCGCAAACCCCGGGCAAUGGGAGCUUCGGCGGAGGAUCCUGCUCAGAAGUCAGAAAAAGGAUGACAAGACUGACAGCCGCGGAAGCUUUGCGGCGUCCUUCUCUGCGUCUGGUACCUACCUUGCCGUUGGAACUCAGCACGGCACUAUUUCGAUAUUCAACGCGACACAGUUGGAGGAUGAGGCGGUUGACCCACUCAUCACUACCUUCCAAUCUUCCCGUCCCAAUAGCGGACCGGGCGCUGUUCGGGACAUGGCUUUCUGCCCUGGCCCGUAUGACCUGCUGGCAUGGACUGAAGAUCGCGGUCGCAUUGGCAUUGCCGAUGUGAGGCACAACUUCAUGGUCCGGCAGAUUAUUGAUCUUAAUAAAGAGGAGGAAUAUGAGCACAUUAGCAUUUUCGAUACGCAGACUAUUGAUCCGCGGCUGCUGGAAACUCGGAUGACCAGGGGAGAGCCCCUGAACCCCCCUCUUACUGCUACAAGUUUCUUCACGGCUCAAAUGAUGCACCAGCCACUGACGCCUGCCGAAACGAGGGUCCUUGAAGCGAUUCAGAGUGAACGCCGGCGCCGAGAGAGAGGCAACCCUCCUUUUGGCGAUGAUCGAGGUAGCGGGUUGCUUCCGGCGACAUCCUCAUUCACUACUCGAGCCGCCCGUCAGGGCACCAAUUCUGGUCCGAACGACCUUAUGAAUGUCUACAGAGACCAUCGGGAACGAGCUCAGGAGCGAGUACGCAAUGCUCGCCAGCUCAUGCGGGAAAACACUUCGGGUGGCAGUGGACGGGCAGACCAGCGGUGGAUAGAACGCAUCAACGAGAUGAUGGCUGCCUCGCGGGAACAGCGAGAGAGACAAGAUCAAUCGUAUCUCUCCGUGCUUGAGAUUCUCCAAGCUCGGGAACGGGCCUCGGCAGAAAGUGCCAUCGAUGACCGCCCCAUUCCAGGCAUUCCUAAUCAAGUAGCAAGCCGUUGGGAGGAAAGCGCCGUGAGAGGAACUCUGGCACCCGAUCACGGUGUUUUUGAGGUUCCACCCUCGCCAGAUAAUACUUCAGGACUGUCUUGGAGCGCAGACGGCACCAUUCUCUUCAUUGGUGCUCAAAAUGGCAUCUAUCAGUUACGCGUGGACCUCUAUGCCAGGCAGUACUACAACAGCAUUUCAAUGCGCUAA